CGACUUACAACUUACACGUAGCCGAAAUCCCCCAAAAACGACUAGCAAAGACAAACUUGUAAUUCAUCUUCACGGUGGUUGUUCUUCAACCUCGCUCCAGUACUCUCGAUUAUGCGACAAAAAGCUCUGAAAAUGUCGCUAAUUAGGGUUUCGGAAAGAGCGUCGAGUAUAGCGUCCACUCUAUGCCGGAAUCACCAAUUUUCUCUCCUCAGUAGCCGUUUUCAUUCUCUAUCUGAAGUUCACAGCAAGGUCUUUGAUUUGUUAACGGCGGGUCAGCGCCGUUCGUUUUCAUCAUCUAUUUGUGGAUUUACUAGGGUUCUUGGAGGCCCCUACAUAAAAGACUUCCAAAGCAAUUUCUGGGUGCGGCAUGGUGGUUCAGGAGUAUUAGGUGCUACAAGACUAAUCCAUGGCUCAGCUGUUAUGUCAAAAGAUUAUUACGAAACCCUUGGCGUGGGCAAGAAUGCAACUCAAUCUGAAAUCAAGAAAGCUUUCUAUGGGUUAGCAAAGAAAUAUCAUCCUGAUAUGAAUAAAGAUGAUCCUAAUGCUGAAAAGAAGUUUCAGGAGAUCAAUAAGGCCCACGAGGUUUUGAAAGAUGAGCAAGAACGUGCGGCUUAUGAUCAGGUGGGCCAUGAUGCAUUUGUACAAAGCAAAGAAAAUGGUGGUCCUAAUCCACAUGAGAGCGGUGGGGGUUUUAAUUUUCAUGAUAUGUUCGACUUCGCCAACAUUUUCACGCCAAGAACGGGGCAAGACGUGAAGUUAUCCUUAGAGUUAUCCUUCAUGGAAGCUGUUCGGGGAUGCACCAAAACAGUGACAUAUCGAACAACUUUACUUUGUGAAGCUUGUGGCGGUUCAGGUGUUCCUUCUGGAACCAAACCUGCGACAUGUCAACAGUGUAAAGGGAAAGGCCAGGUGUUCAUGCAACAAGGCCCAAUUGCCUUUCAGUCGACUUGUAUGAAAUGUAGUGGGUCAGGGAAAACAUAUACGACAUAUUGCAAAUCCUGCAACGGUAAUCGCGUGGUGCAGGGGUCAAAGUCUGUCAAACUAGAUAUCAUUCCUGGUGUGGAUAAUGAUUCAACUAUAAAGGUAUCAAGAAAUGGUGGGGCUGAUCCCGAUGGAUACGGGCCAGGUGAUCUGUAUGUUAUUAUCAAGGUCAGAGAAGACCCAGUUUUCCGAAGAGAAGGCUCUGACAUCCAUGUUGAUGCUGUUCUGAGUAUUACCCAGGCUAUUCUGGGCGGGACAAUCCAAGUUCCAACUCUCACUGGAGAUGUUGUGGUUAAGGUUCGUCCUGGAACCCAGCCAAGUCAGAAGGUCGUGCUGAAGAAAAAAGGGAUUAAAUCAAGGGGCUCUGCCUCAUUUGGUGAUCAGUUUGUGCACUUCAAUGUCAGCAUUCCAACGAGUUUGACUCCAAGACAACGGGAACUGAUAGAAGAAUUUGCCAAAGAAGAGCAAGGAACAUAUGAUAAACGUGCGGCUGGGGCCUCUAGAUAGUUUGGAAUUCUGUGAACGAAGUAGCAAAAUCUUGCUUGCAUUUUUUCUCUGGCAGCUAAGCUAAAAGAAGGAAACUCUAUACAACUCUUGCAUUUUGUUCUAGUUUAGGGUUUUCGAUUCUUAUUGAAGCGGUUGGGAAUAUUGUACUAGGUUCCCACUUUUUUUAGUGGGAGGGGUGGGGGGGAUAGGUGAUGAGUUUGUGGUGGUUGGCAUAAGCUUAAUCUGUUUGUUGAGCACGGAAUUUUUGUUGGAAGUAAAGUAAUACUCGAGUCAUUUGACCUUGAUCUGUGCAAUAACAUAGUGGUUGCUACUCCUGGUCUGUAUAUAUAUAUUGUCUCAAUGAUUGAAUAAACUCUGGCAGAAUAUUUUUAGUGGAUUUA